UUUUGCCCAGCCCUUGACUUUUUGGGGGGAGAAAUGAAACCGGAAAUUGCAAAGCAAUACUCACGUUUGGGCUCGAGAUACUAUCUAAUUUCGACUAGCUACUUUCGGUUCAUGUCCUUUGCUGAUACCACAUUCCUGACAAGUUUGUACAUAUAAAACAUAUAUGUAAACGAGUAAAGGCAUACAUAAAGUAAGAAUUGAACGUGUAAAUGUUCAUUCAUAGUCGUAACAUAGGGUUUGUACGUUUACAAAUGUAAUUUAACGGUUACGUUUCAUGUUUCACGGAUCGCUUUUCUUACAAUCCUAACAAUUUCCGUAUGAUCGAUCUACUUGCACCCGCUGCAAAACACUCCUACCUUGGCGCCCGGGACAUAUUAAUUGAAUCCCCUCAAGAGUGCCACAAAUCCACGGAAGUUGAUUUGGGGAUGGUCUGGACUGACAAAAUCUGGACCAAUAAUAGACGUCUAUUUUUGGGCCAGGGCGGACCAUAUCUAAAGUUCAAGCAAAUAUGAUCAAAAUAUAGGAGUCCGAGCGUGCAUGUAGUGUUGUCUACGUAUUCUCCUCGAUCGACUGAUUUGCUCUUUCUAAUAGGGUCAACGACAAAUAAUAACCAGGCUACUUUAUAAUAUGGACGUUUUCAAAUACCCUGUUUUCUUCGAGUGUCAGACUCUGGACCCACCACAGAAAAAUAUGAUAAAAAGGUACUUUGGAAUUAAACGUAAAUCCGGUGGCGGAGUUUGUGGACCAGUAGAAUCAGUUGGUGACAAAGUCUACAAGAUCGCAUUUAUUGACCAGACAGUCCAGCAGAGGGUACUUCAGAAACCUAAUCAUGUUUUGGAGAUGCCUGGAGGACCUCUCUUCCUCACUCUGAGAGACAGUCAGGAGCCUCCACCCACAACAACCUCCCCAGUCAGCAGUCAGGAGCCUCCACCCACAACAACCUCCCCAGUCAGCAGUCAGGAGCCUCCACCCACAACAACCUCCCCAGUCAGCAGUCAGGAGCCUCCACCCACAACAACCUCCCCAGUCAGUAGUCAGAGUCACCACUCCCUCCCGGUCGAGACAUCUCCACCUGGUGGUCAAGAACAUGUACUCCAUUGUCUGAGCACAGGGAAGCAGGAGAAGAUCAGCACCACCUGUCAUCUGGGACAGGUCCAGCUCCUUCUUCUAGGUGAAGUGAUAGAGAAGGAUCUAGGUGAGGUUGUUCCAGGGGUGAAGGUGACACGCGGUGACUCAGCUCAGCUGGUCCUGCAUGGCUACGCAAAUGAAGUCCAGACAGCCAGAAAGUUGGUUACGGAUAAGAUCUCUCUGGUGCUGGAGCGGGUGGUGGUGGUGUCCCCCCACCUCCUGUCCUUCCUGAGGGAGGAGUAUGGGAGGCCUGGGAACCUGAGCAGUCUGCUGGGGUUGGGACUCCGUGUGGAGGUAGAGUUGGGGGAUACAGAGCUCCGUCUGUUCUCCCUCUCCUCUGGGAAACUGGACCAGGCUGAGAAGGAUCUGCUGGGAGAGUUUGGGGAGGAGAAGAUUGACGUGCCCAACGGUGCCCUCCUGGCUGAACUGAAGUCUAAGCUUGAGACGAAGGUGAAGGAGAUGAACCAGAGCAGAUGCAGGGUGGUAGCCAGGUAUGGUCCUGGGUGUAGAGUGCAGCUGCUGGGCCACAUGAAGGAGGUUCAGGAGCUGAGGGAGGAGAUUGGGGCCUUUCUGAUGGGCAGGUCCAGAGUCGUAAGAGUCGUGAGACACCAUCAACAGAAUCAGGAUGGCGUAGUCAGCGAAGCAGGAACCGGAUCGAUACAGGAGGAGAUGGUCGCAGCCACCAGCUAUCGCCUCCGUCUGGGACUGCAGGUAGUUGUUUGUCAAGGUGACAUCACCAAGGAACAGGCGGAUGCGCUGGUGAACGCAGCCAAUGAGGACCUGGAUCAUGCUGAGGGCGUGGCUGCAGCCCUGAGCCGGGCGGGGGGGCCUGAGGUACAGCGGGCCAGCAGGGAUCUGGUUAGGCAGAUAGGGAGAGUGCCCACAGGUACAGUGGUAGAGACUACAGGAGGGAAUCUGCCUUGUAAGAUGCUGCUGCAUGCAGUGGGACCAGUAGGGGGCAGCGUAGGUAGGAAUGAGCGCCCUUUGCUGGAGAAGACAGUAAAGGCAGUCCUGGAUCUGGCAGAGACCAUGGAACUCCAGACCUUGGCCAUGCCCUGCAUCAGCUCGGGGAUAUUGGGCGUUCCUCUGAAGGUGUGCUCUGAGGCCAUAGUCUCUGCAGUGAGGGACUUUGGGAGGAAACAGCACAUCCUUACCAAAGUCACUCUGAUUGAUGUGAGUGGAGAGGCAGUGAAAGCCAUGCAGGAGGCCUGUGAUAGGCUAUUAGAGGGGAAGAGGGAGUUUCCUGGGUGGGAGGUAGAGUCCAGCACCACCACUACCACUACACAUGCUCCUCAGAGAGACACCACUGCUGCCUCCACCAGGGGACCAGUGGCUCCAGAGGUCUGUGUCCAGGUGGAGAUCAUCCAGGGAACCAUAGAGAAACAGGAGGUGGAUGCCCUGGUGUCCCCCAUGGUUGGCAGUGACCCUCUCUCCUCCCGUGUUGGUAAUGCGUUGUUGGAGGCAGCUGGACCAGGGAUGAUGACAGCGUUUGUGAGGAAAUCAGGGGGACGGACUGCACCUGGUGACAACGUCCUGGUGGAGGGACUGUCUGGUCUCAGCUCUGGCCGUGUCUUCUUCCUCAGCUGUGCACAUUGGGACAACAACCCCCAAGGACCAGCAGUACAGGCUCUGAGGCAGGGUGUGAGGAACAUUUUGACCUCUUGUGAGAAGCGGCGCUUCCGUUCCGUUGCCUUCCCUUUAGUUGGAACUGGUGUGGUUCUCCAGUUCCCUGACAAUGUGGUAACACAGGUUCUGCUAGAAGAGAUCCGUAGGUAUGAGCAGAACCGAGCGAGCAGAACCCCCUUCCUUGUCCGCAUCAUUGUCCAUCCAAAUGACAGAGAUUCUACCAAGGCUUUUCAGACUGCCCAGAAUGCUUUGCAUCUCAGGGGGUUUGUAUUAGGCACUCGACCAGAGCAAGACAUCAGGAUUGUGCUGCUGGGGAAAACCGGAGGAGGUAAAAGCAGUGCUGGAAACACCAUCUUCGGACAAGAUGAUGUGUUCCUCGUAGACAGUUCCUCCACCUCCUCAACACAGAAAUGUAAAGCUCAGACCAAGAACAUCAAAGGGAGAAACAUCACCCUGAUUGACACACCUGGAUUCUUUGACACUGACAUCCCUGAAGAGGAGCUGAAACCUAAAAUAGUUAAAUGUAUAACAGAGUGUGCUCCAGGACCGCAUGCCUUUCUCAUUGUACUGAAAGUGGAACGGUACACAGUCCACGAGAACGAAGCCGUAGCGAAAAUCGAGACGUAUUUUUCACCAGAGGCCUUCAAAUAUGCUACAGUCCUCUUCACUCAUGGUGACCAGCUCAAUGGUUUGACCGUUGAGAAGUUUGUCCAACAGAAUGCUGAACUGAACAAGCUUGUGGAGAAAUGUGGAGGCCGCUGUCACGUGAUCGACAACAAAUACUGGAACACCAAUCAGCAGGGUCCGUACAGCAACCAGUACCAAGUAGCAGAGUUACUCAACACCAUAGAGAAGAUGGUGAGAGAUAACAGAGGAGGGUUCUACACCAACGAGAUGCUCCAAGAGGCAGAGAGAUUAAUACAAGCAGAGAUAGAGGGUCUUAGUAAGGAGUUAAAAGGCCAGAUGUCAGAGGAAGAGAUGAGAAAACAAGCCAAGAAAAGAGCAAGGAAGAAACUCCUGAUCAAAUGGUCAGGGAUAGCAACAGGUGCAGUGGUAGGAGCUUUUCUUGGGGUGGCACUGGUGAUAGGGAUCCCACUUCCAUUCGAAACAAAACCACUGUUUAAUUUAGUCAAACGUCAGAUUGCAGCUUCAAUGACAAUAGGGCCAGCAGCCGUGACAAAGGCAGUACGACCAGUACUUGUAGCAAAGAACAGGGCGACCAUGAGAGGGGAUUCAAAGACAGGUGCAGGGGUAGGCAUAGCUGCAGGAGUUGUCGUUGGGAUGGCCGCAAUAGCAGGAGCAGUAAGAGGAGGGAUAGUAGGAGCUACUGCAGCAGAGGAGGCAGAGACGGUACAGGAGGCAGCAGAGAAAGCAGCCAAUGCUGUCUACCAUGAAGCUACGCGUCUUCAUGACCAAGCAGGACACCUUCUGCUAAGGGACAGUAACUCUAAGUAGAUGAGUUAUUAUUAUUAUUAUAUAUUUUUUUUUAACCUUUUAUUUAACUAGGCAAGUCAGUUAAGAGCAAAUUCUUAUUUUUAAUUACGACCUAGGGGUGGGUUAACGACAGAACCUUGUCAGUUCAGGGAUUCGAUCUAGCAUCUUUUCGGUUACUGGCCCAACACUCUAACCACUAGGCUACCUGCCGGCCCACUCAGUGAGCUGUACUCCGCCAUAAGCGAACAGGAAAUGCUCAUUCAGAGGCGGCGCUCCUAGUGAACAAUAGCUGCUUGUCCAACAUAUGUAGCUGCUUGUCCAAAUAUAUAUAUAUAUAUAUAUAUAUAUAUAUAUAUAUAUAUAUAUAUAUAUAUAUAUAUAUAUAUAUUUCAUAGUUUUGUAAAAAAAUCGAGGGUAUGGUAGCACAUAGGGCUGUGGCAGUCAUGAAAUGUUGUCAGUCGGUUAUUGUCAUGCAAAAGGCUGCUGGUCUCACUGUAAUUGACUAUUAAUUAACAUAAACACGUUUAGCAUUUGGAUGCCUCCACUCAUACCAGCUGUAUACAAGCCACACAGCACUUUUGGAACAUCUACAUUUAAAAAGUUUAAAUCAAUUGAAUAUACACCAAAGCAAUAAACCUAUUAUUUAUUUUAGGAAGGUCUAUAUAAACAUUAUGAUAUGAAGAAAAUGUAUUUGGCUUUGGCUUUGCGCCAUACCAUAGUCUGUAGGCUUGUUCAUUUAGCAGACAAAAUAUGCUUGAGUCCCGUUCCAAUAGUUUAUUACAUGUGAUUUUAUAGUAAGAUUAAUGUAAUUGAACUUAGCCGAAUAAAAUAGAUAGGAUAUUUGUCAUAUUCUGGAGCGAGUGCGCAUAUGAAGUGGCUAUGUUGAGCGUAAAAGUGAUCAUUUAAAGCAGGUCCUAAAGAGUUAUAUUGUACAAACCUUAAAAAUCAAAACAUGAUGCGACUAUAGGCUAUUGAUGAUUUGAGAAAGUCGCAAAAAAACUUGGCGCCCCGGUCCUUGCCUGUGGCUGCACAAGCUGUUCUCUCAUCGAGUGAUCAUAUUUUUAUUUAGUAUUAUUUUUUUCACCCACAGUUUAAUCUUGCCUUUACUAAUAUGUCAAAUUAAUUUUAAUUUAGAAUGGGCCAUUAUCAAAUGUGCAGGAACAGAGGCGGGGGAAGUAUGUCAUCAGUAUGCACUCGAAUAGCGAAUAGAAGCCGCUUUCCUGACAGUAUUUUUAUUUUUUUUAAACUAAUGAGGUAGGCUACUCGGUUUUUCACCCCACACACAUCAACCACUAAACAGUCGAGCGGCGCGACAGGUGAUAUUCCGCCCAAACUCUGUAUGCUAUGGGCUCUCCAACCCGGUUCCUGCAGCUAACAAGUGCUUAAUUUGGCCAACCAAGUUAAAUCUGUUCGGAAAAUUUAAAGUAACAUGUUUUAACAACUAAAGAUAAUUCAUUAAACUGUUGACAGCCCCUCUCUCAGCGUGCUCCAAUAAGAAAUGAAGGAGAGAUGGAGAUGGAAAUGCACGGUGGUGAGCUAGUCUGUAGCUAAAGGUAAUGUGUCAGCCUAUUAGUUAUUUAAAAAAAACUAUUACAAGGCUAUUCAAAAUCAAGUACAAAUUAUCUAUAAUUGUUGGCUAACUGAAUUUGUAUAGGAUAGACCAAUUAUGUACCAUAGACAUCAUAAAAUCAGUUUUUUAAACAUGUUUUUCUGACAUGCAUACCAUGUGGUAGGCUAUGUGUUGUAUAAUGGCACAAUCAUUAUUUAAAUGCAGGUUUUUUUUUUCGGGCUU